AUGGAGCAAGACAAAGAAAUCCACGAGGGGAAAGAGAAAUCAUCCCCAGUUGAAGAAGAACCUGUUCGGAGAGAGGAAGGCGAAACUGUGAAAUCGAAUGCGGUAGAUUCGGAGGCGCCACCGAAGAGUCCCGGUGGGUGGGGAUGGGGUUUUUCUGGCUUCUCUGUGCUCUCGGAUCUCCAAAAAGCUGCGGAAGAUAUGACUCGUAAUGCUGCAGCAGUGGCGGAGAAAGCAGCGAAAAGCAUUGCGGAUAUGCAAGAAGCGGAUGAAGACUCGGAAUCUUCUGCCAAGGAGGAAGAGAAAACAGAAGAAACUGGUACGGAGCAGGAUAGUGAUGAUGAGAGUGAGAAGUUGAAGAAGUUAGCUCUUGGUAAAUUGGAGGAUGCAAGUGAAGAGUCACUUCUUAGCCAGGGUUUGAAGGUUUUUGAUGAUUCAGUUGAGAGUUUCACUUCUGGAGCUUGGCUGGCACUAGGAAAUGCGUUAAAAGGGGGCACAAAUUUGGUCCAAAAGCUUGAAAACAGUGUCCAGCAAGGUCCUUCGCCUAGGGCAGCUGGGUCUGGUGCACCGUCUCUAUUGGAGACGGGAAAAGCAUUAACUGCCAAAGGAAUGCAAGUUCUUGAGUUUGUGGGUAAAGAGACUAUGGAUUUAUUGAUUACAGAGACUGGUCUUGGAGUGGAGAAGAACAGGGAAGACAAGGAUCAAGUGGUUGAGGAAGUGACAUUUGAUCGAUGCUUUUACAUUUACGGCGGUCCUGAGCAGCUUGAGGAAUUGGAAGCAUUGUCAAGCCACUAUACUCUGUUGUUCAACAGGAGAAAAGGGAAACUGUCACCAGAUGAGAAAUUGCUGUAUGAUGGGAAGCUCAAACAGAUCCAGCAACUGUUCAGCUUCGCUGAUGAAAUGAGCCGAAGUAAAGCAGAGUCUGAUAAAGGGAAGAAGAUAGAUAUCAAAACUGAAGGCAAUGAUGAUGACAUGAAGAAUCUGCACAACUCUAGUGUCAGCAAAGCUGCUGAUAUGGCUGCUGGGUUCACAAACGCUUUAGCUGGGCUAAACAUGAACGAUAUGAUCCAGCGGACCGGUGGGAGGCUGGAAUCUCUUCACUCAGAAGGAGUUCAUAGACUUUCAGAGAUGUGCUGUUUUGCAGUCACUCAUCUGCUUAUCCUCGGCAAGUCCAUGAUAUCGAAUGCCAACAAAGCCGAGAAUGAAGAAGAAGACACGGAGGCGCUGAAAAUCGAGUGGCCAGAGGAUCCCACUGAGAAAGCUAAGCUGAUUAGAGGCAAAGCAGAAUCAAUGGCUGGAUAUGUCGAAGCAGUUUCCAACAGUUUUAUAACAGGUAUAGCAGAUGUAUCUGAAACAUACGCAGCUGCAAUGAAAGGAGUUGGUGAUGAUGAUACCAAAGAUGAUCUUCUGAAGAAAUCGAGCAUGGAGGAGAAGGCGAGCAACUUCAACGAUAGUCUUCGCUCAGACCAAGCCACAGCUAUCACAAAGAUCCAGGAAGGACUUGAGUAUCUAUCCUAUGUCGUGGUCUCUACCUCAAUGCCCUCUGCCUGA